UCAAGUUGAAGAAGGAUGGGUUUAUCUUCGCCCAACCUCUCUCUAUUGGUAAACACAAACGUUGGAAUCCGGAUUGACUACCCUUACCACCCGCCCAGCUCGCCCUCAUCCAAGAUGAGUGGCGACAGUAUCCACCGCUUAGAGGCCACCCAAAUGCGCGGGGGUCUCGUGAUCAUGAAGAAGAAGUCGACCGAAGACACGCCCACCGACAAGACCUCCUCCCUCUUCACCCAACCUUCGGCGCCCACCUCCAUGCUCGGUUUGGACCGUUUGGCCGCUCAACGCGAAAAAGAGCGCCAAGAAAUGGUGGAGAAACUGAAAGAGAAAGAGCGGGAAAUUGAAAAUAAACGGCGGGAAGAAGAGGAAAGGGAAGCAUUCAAGCGGAGUAAAGCCAGAGAAGGUGAGCGUCGCCUGAGAGCGCCGCAAGAAGAAACACCCACAUAUACAGGGGGCGUGUCCUUGGCGGCGAAGGAACGGCAGAGGCGGCGAGAGAGGGAAGAAAAGGAUAGAAAGCGAAAGGCUGGGGACAGGGAGAGAGAUCACAGAGAUAGACGAGGACAUCAUUCAGAGCGAAGGAGUCGACGCGAUCGUGAGCGAGAUUGGGAGGAAGAAACCCCUCGCCGACGAGAGCCUCGUGAUGAAGACACGCCUUUAUUGGUUCGACCCCGCGAUACACCUGUAAGGGGUUGGGAUGAAGAUGAAGAUGGCACGCCCUCCAAAUAUAGUACCUGGGAUCGAGACACACCUUCGAUUGAUGGUCGAGAUCGGGAGGAUUACCUCAACUCCGCGAGAUCGUCCAAGUCGAGACGUCAUCAUCGUUAUGAAAAAGAAACGCCUUUGCCCACGCCCAGUUACAAGAAGAACGAUUGGAUGAGGAAAGGAGGGCGUGGUCGGUCCCCUCCAGAUAGGCGGAGUGAGAAAACACCCAUAAUGGAAGAGGAUGUUCAGGCUUGGGAGGAGGAGCAAAAACGAUUAGAUCGGGAAUGGUACGGUUUGGAUGAAGGCUUUGAUGAGGCCAAGGAUCCAUUUGGCAUGAGUCAAGAGUACACGGAAAAGAAAGAAGAGGCCAUGGAGGCCAAGAAGGUCAAACGAAUGACGGCUAAACAAGCUCAAAGGAAUAAGGACAACGAAUUGUGGGAGAAAAAUCGCAUGUUUAGGUCAGGAGCAGUCUUGCGAACGGAUCAUGAUGAAGAUUUUGAUGAGAUCAGUGAGGCUAAGGUCCAUCUGUUGGUCCACAACAUCAUCCCACCUUUCUUGGAUGGUCGCAUAGUGUUUACCAAGCAACAAGAGCCGGUGAUCCCCAUCAAGGAUCCCACCUCUGAUAUGGCCAUGGUGUCCAAGAAAGGUUCGAGAUUGGUCAAGAUUCAUCGGGAACAAGCCGAGCGGAAAAAGGCGCAGAAGAAAGAGUGGGAAUUGGCUGGCACCAAGAUGGGCGAUAUCCUCGGGAUCAAGAAACAAGACGACGGCGAGGCCAAAGAAAUGGAUGACAACAUGGAUUACAAGGAAAAUCAGAAGUUCGCAGAUCACAUGAAAGUGGACCAAGAGCAAAAGAGCGAAUUUUCAAAACGGAAGACCCUCAAACAACAACGUGAAUUCUUGCCUGUCUUCGCCGUCCGUCAGCAACUCCUCAACAUUGUACGUGACAACAGUGUCAUCAUCAUCGUGGGUGAGACAGGCUCUGGCAAGACCACUCAAUUGACUCAAUAUCUCCAUGAAGAGGGUCUAACCAAGUACGGAAUGAUUGGUUGUACUCAACCUCGUCGUGUAGCUGCCAUGUCCGUGGCUAAGCGGGUUGCCGACGAAACUGGGACCGAAUUGGGUGAAGAGGUGGGUUACUCCAUUCGUUUCGAGGAUUGCACCAGUGAGAAGACCAUGAUCAAGUACAUGACCGAUGGAAUUUUGUUGAGGGAGUCCCUCAGGGAACCCGACUUGGACCACUAUUCCGCCAUUAUUAUGGACGAGGCCCACGAGAGGUCCCUGAAUACAGACGUUCUGUUUGGACUGCUCAGAUCCGUGGUGUCACGACGCUCUGACCUGAAACUGAUUGUCACAUCUGCGACGAUGGAUUCGCAGAAGUUUGCCGAUUUCUUUGGGAACGUGCCGGUUUUCAAGAUUCCGGGAAGGACGUUUCCUGUGGAUGUGCUUUAUAGCAAGGCCACAGUGGAAGAUUAUGUGGACGCUGCCGUGAAGCAAUCCAUUCAAAUUCAUCUCACCGGUAACGAAGGGGACAUGUUGAUAUUCAUGCCUGGUCAAGAAGACAUUGAGGUCACUUGUGAGCAAAUUAAGGAGCGAUUAGCCGAAGUGGAAGAUGCUCCAGGACUGGCUGUGCUCCCCAUUUAUUCUCAACUACCGUCGGAUCUCCAAGCCAAGAUUUUCCAGAAAGCGCCUGAUGGAUUGCGCAAAUGUGUAGUAGCCACCAAUAUCGCGGAAACGUCUCUGACCUUGGAUGGUAUCAUGUACGUUGUGGACAGUGGGUAUUGCAAGAUGAAGGUGUUCAACCCCAAAAUCGGAAUGGACGCCCUUCAGAUCUUCCCUGUGUCACAAGCAAAUGCUAAUCAAAGAUCGGGUCGAGCCGGUCGAACGGGUCCAGGAACUUGCUAUCGUCUCUACACAGAUCGGCAAUAUCGUGAAGAUCUCUUGGCCACCACCGUGCCCGAGAUUCAACGAACCAAUCUGGCCAAUGUUGUGCUCCUCCUGAAGUCCUUGGGGGUGGAGAAUCUGCUCCAGUUCCACUUCAUGGACCCACCUCCCGAGGAGAAUAUCCUCAACUCCAUGUACCAAUUGUGGAUCCUAGGAGCUCUGGAUAACACGGGCCAACUCACCCGUUUGGGCAAGAAAAUGGUCGAGUUCCCAUUGGAUCCGUCUUUGAGUAAGAUGCUCAUCAUCUCCGAGGAAAUGGGCUGCAGUUUGGACAUCCUGAUUAUUGUGAGCAUGCUCUCUGUGCCAUCGAUUUUCUUCAGACCUCGAGGUCGCGAGGAAGACUCCGAUGCGGCCAAAGAGAAGUUCCAAGUCCCGGAAUCAGAUCAUUUAACCUAUUUGAACGUGUACCAUCAAUGGAAGUCCAAUCGAUACUCGGGUCAAUGGUGUGCCGAGCACUUCAUCCACGUCAAAGCCAUGCGGAAGGUCCGCGAGGUCCGCGCUCAACUCAAGGACAUCAUGGAACAACAGAAGAUGAAACUGUCCUCCAGUGGAACCGAUUGGGACAUCAUCCGCAAAUGCAUCUGUGCCGCAUUCUUCCAUCAAGCCGCUCGACUCAAAGGUAUCGGCGAAUACGUGAAUACAAGGACAGGGGUUCCUAUGCACUUGCAUCCAACCUCGGCCUUGUUCGGGAUGGGCUUCACUGCGGAUCACAUCGUUUACCACGAAUUGGUCAUGACCACCAAGGAAUAUAUGCAGUGCGUCACGGCGGUCGAUGGUUAUUGGUUGGCCGAAUUGGGCCCCAUGUUCUUUUCGGUAAAGGAAACGGGCAAAUCGCGGGGAGAGAAGCGUAAAGUGGCCACUGAGCAUCUGAAGACCAUGGAGAGAGAGAUGAAGGAGGCGGAGGAGGAGCUCAAGCGAAGAAAGACCUUUGAGGAAGAGCAGGCCGAGAAGGAGAGGAAUCGGGUGGCCAUCGCCACCCCUGGGCGGUCUUCGAGCACGGGAGAGAGUGGAGGGAAAACGCCCAGGAGGACACCCCAUCGAUUUGGAAUCUAGUUGAAUGUCGCUCAAUAAAACGCAUAUAUAUAUAUAUAUAUAAGGUUGAAGAGCUCCAUGGGUACCUUGAACUGACAUCUCUUGGUCUGAAAUGUUCCGAUUUUAAGAUUACCCUGGACAAACCUAAGUGCAACGCAUUGCAUUUAACAAUUCGUUCAUUGCUGGAGUGAAAGAAAACAGCUAAAAGUCAUUAUUUGAAAUCAACAGGUACAAGAGAACCUCAUAUUUGCGGACAAUUGAGACCUAUAAGAGUAAAUUGCAUUUUCAAAACUUAAAAACUAAUCAAAUUUGCGUUGCUGUAGUUUGCCAAAAAAGAUCACUUUGGUGCAACCAAGGCUUAACUGAAAGUGACUUUUAAAUGAUUAGUCCUUUAAUCAUUCUGAAAAUUAUACACCUGUUUGUUAUAAUUCACAAGUCAUAUUCUGUUUUUGUACUGUCGAAUCAAAAGUUGGAUUAAUGAGGACUAAAAUCACCCAUUAUCGUCCUAAAUCUCCCUCCUCCAUAAUUGAAGGGCCGUUCCGUAUAUGUCGAGUUCUUCUUUAUUGUCCCCAAAUGAAUAACAAAAACGGUAUCAACAAUAAUAGUCUGCAAUAGGAAAUAGGUAGAAGAGCCCAUAAAUCAGGAUCGGACGUCCAAAUUGAAAAGUUGAUCAUCUAGAAACAAUUUAACGAGAAAUGCGUAAGUAGUGACUUCAGCACGAUGGAAUGUUAGAAGUACUGUCGGAAACAGACGAAAUUACUGCGGUUGAUA